UCCUCCUCCUCCUCUUCUUCUUCUUACUUCUUUUUCUCCUACUUCUCCUCCUCUUUCUUCUUUCUUCUCUUCUCUUUCUUCUUCUUCUUCUUCUUCUUCUUCCUCCUCCUCCAGCUCCUCCCCCACCCCCUGCCCCAUUGAUGUGUUAUUAUUGGGGGGGCUGGAGCAGUAAAAAAAGAAGAAGGAAAAAAAGAGCGGGGCUCGGCUGGGAGAGAUUGAGCGCGGGGCUGACCGGCAUCGGCGGCGAUGGAAGAACUUACGGCGUUCGUCUCUAAGUCUUUUGACCAGAAAGUGAAGGAGAAGAAGGAGGCGAUCACGUACCGAGAGGUGCUGGAGAGCGGGCCGCUGCGCGGGACCAAGGAGCCGACGGGCUGCGCCGAGCCGGGCCGCGACGACCGCAGCAGCCCGGCAGUCCGGGCGGCCGGCGGAGGCGGCGGCGGAGGAGGAGGCGGAGGCGGAGGCGGAGGAGGCGGAGGAGGUGCAGGAGGAGGAGGAGCAGGCGGAGGAGCUGGAGGAGGGCGCUCUCCCGUCCGGGAGCUGGACAUGGGCGCCGCUGAGAGAAGCAGGGAGCCGGGCAGCCCGCGGCUCACCGAGGUGUCCCCAGAGCUGAAGGAUCGCAAAGAGGAUGCAAAAGGGAUGGAGGACGAAGGCCAGACCAAAAUCAAGCAGAGGCGAAGUCGGACCAAUUUCACUUUGGAACAACUCAACGAACUGGAGAGGCUUUUUGAUGAGACCCACUACCCGGAUGCUUUCAUGCGCGAGGAACUGAGCCAACGGCUGGGGCUGUCCGAAGCCCGAGUGCAGGUUUGGUUUCAAAAUCGAAGAGCAAAAUGUAGAAAACAAGAAAAUCAACUCCAUAAAGGUGUUCUCAUAGGGGCUGCCAGCCAGUUUGAAGCUUGUAGAGUUGCGCCCUAUGUCAAUGUAGGUGCUUUAAGGAUGCCAUUUCAGCAGGAUAGUCAUUGCAACGUGACGCCCUUGUCCUUUCAGGUUCAGGCGCAGCUGCAGCUGGACAGCGCCGUGGCGCACGCGCACCACCACCUGCACCCGCACCUGGCCGCGCACGCGCCCUAUAUGAUGUUCCCGGCGCCGCCCUUCGGACUGCCGCUAGCCACGCUGGCCGCGGACUCAGCCUCCGCCGCCUCUGUGGUGGCUGCCGCCGCCGCAGCCAAGACCACCAGCAAGAACUCCAGCAUCGCCGAUCUCAGACUGAAAGCCAAAAAGCACGCUGCCGCCCUGGGUCUGUGACGCCAACGCCAGCACCAACGUCGCGCUUCCAGCGCGGCACGCACCCUGCAAAUCCUCCGUGCCCCGCUGCUUUUCCGUUUAACCCCUCCGGACCUCCGGAACCGACCCUCUUUCCGCCCCGCUGAUCGGCCUUUGCCGCCUUCCACAUCCCGGACUCGGAGGGCGAGACUUCGCGCGGGACCUUGAAUCCCACUAGGCGCACCAGCUCUGUGGCUCCUGACCAUUCACCUACCCAAGGGCGUAGAAUUCGGCUUCGUAGGGGCAAGUUUUCGGGAAGUCUGGAGAGAGACUGAACAACGGAGCGCUGGGACAGCGGAGUGUGGCUCACGGCAAAGCUGCAACGAUGGACUCUUGCGUAGAAAUAAAAAUCCUGUUAAUAAAAAAUGAGCAAAAAAAAAAAAAAAAGUAGAAAAGACAAACCAGAAAGAAAAAAGAGAAAGGGAACUUACUGCUAUUUGGCAGAAGUUGAAAUCGGAGAAAGAACCAAGGAACAAAAACAAAUUUUAAAAAUUAAAGUAUUUUAUACAUUUAAAAAUAUGGAAAAAUAACCCGGACGAAUCUCGAGAGAAUGGGGGGGGGGCAGUAUCAACUUAAAGUGUAUGUUUUUUUUAAUGGGCUAAAAAAGGCAAAACAGAAGGAAGAGGUAUACUUAUUUAAAGAAUUAAGAUUUAAAAAGUGCGCAGCUGGGAAGUUCACAGGUUUUGAAACUGACCUUUUUCUGCGAAGUUCACUUUAAUACAAGAAAUUUGAUAAGAGAGGCGGGCCUCCUUUUACGUUGAAUCAGAUGCUUUGAGUUAAAAACCACCACGUAUGGAAGAGUAAGAAGAGGGAAGACAAUAUAAAAACGAGGAGAGGAAAAAAAAUGAUAUUAAUACAAAAAAUGUUACCACAGACAGUGAUUUCUCUGAGAAAUUAUUAUGGCAGCACUGUCCAGACUGCUGACAGUAAAUUCCGGUUUUGCAUGUUACUUGUAUUCCAUUGAUGGUGUCUCCCUGCUCCCUGCUUUACUCACAUGCACUUACUCCAUUUUCAUCUUCAGUACGAAAAACAAUACCAAAAGCAUCUGGAAAUUGAUGUAUAUCAAAUCUAUAAUUUUUGCCCCAUCUUUGAUCCUGUCGGACAAAAGAAAAAGGUCGGAAGGGAAAAAGUUUACACUCUGUCCCAAGAAGACGGAGGCGGGCAGAAAAUGUGGGGAAAGGAAAAAGAAAAGAAGACCAAAUGAAGUAAUAAAGGUACAGCGCCUCACACAGCUCCUGGCACAUAGUAGGCGCUCAAUCAAUGAUAGUCCCCUCUCCUUCUCCUUUCUUGUACUCCCUCCUGCUGAUUUCCUGAUGUCCUAUCUGGGAACCUUGCUUUAUUUCCCCCUCUCUAUCCUGUCACACUCACCUUAAAUAAUACCCAACUAGAUACAGGCAGUAGGUUUGUGUAAAAUAUGUUGAUACACACGAACAAAGUUUAUUUUGGCUAUAAUGUGUGAACUGAUGGUUGACUUUCAACAUUUGCAUUUUAUCACACAAAGGUGUAUAUUCAAGUAAUUUUUUUUGUUUCAAUUCAUGUAACUAUUUAAACUGGGGUACCCUGGACUAAGCAAUCUGUAUCCCAAUCACUAGAAAGCCUCCUUAGCUUUUUUUUUUUUUUUCUAAUUUACAAGAAAGAGGAAAAGCUCUUUUAACUGAACUUUGGUAUGCGGUUGAGCUUUGUAACUAUUUGUUCUCCAUGAAAACAAAGUUAUUUAUAUUUGCCAUAUUUUUUCUAGUGUAUUAAGUUAUUUUAAGCAGAAGAAGAUGCUGUUAUUUCAUGAUGUGUUGUUGGUACAAAAUGUUUCGAUUUCACCUCUGUUAAACCUUUUAAAUAAGUGCCAAGUUAUUAAUUGAAGACACUUUGCGAUCAAUUGAAUGAAAAUAGUAUUGUUUCAUUUAAUGGGGUUCGCGUCAUCUUUGUUCCUGUUACUAUUAAACUAUCCGGGAUAGUC